AAUACAUAUCCAUCCAUCAUACAAUGGCAAGGUUCUCGCUCGUAUUUGCAGCAGCAGGACUCCUCCUCCUAGUAGCCAUGGCGGAGGCCACCACCAAAACCAUCUUCACCACCACCACCACCUUUGAGGAAAACCCCACCGACAGAACUGAUAUGUCAUGCAGUCAGCAGCUGGUUGAGCAGGCGAUGCUUAACCACUGUGUGAAGUACCUUGAAACUGGCUCAGGAAUGAGCAUGGACCUAGAAAGGACGUCGGAGCCAACCCCUGCAGAGAAGCACCUGAUGCUGUGCUGCAUGCAGGUAAGGAACAUCGAUGAGAUGUGCAGGUGUGACGCCAUCAAGAUGAUGAUGAACCAACAAAGGUGGACGCAACAACAGAUGGGUAAGGUGAUGGGCAUGGCGGAGAACCUGCCAAAGAAAUGCAAAGUCGAACCAGAAAUGUGCAAAAUGAGAGCCGUCUGGUUCUAAAUUCACAUGCCAUUUAAGUGGUCCGUAGUUAAUAAAACGAGACUCGCUAUCACACCAUCGUGUGUAUGGAUGUUAUAUAUUCCAUUGUGUGUCGCAAAAUUUAAUAAAUUUUGAACUUAUUCCUUUUGUAUCU